CACUCCCGCCAAUUCAGACUGAGGAGCGCGAGGAGGCAGCGGGGGGAUUCGAGGGAAUGUACGAGAGAUGCGGAAAGAGCAGGCACUUUUUUUCCAAUUUGGUGAAAUAAGUUAGAAUUAAUCCGGUAAAAUAAGAAGAUAGUACUUGGUUCGUCAUUGGGAGAUUCGUCUGCAUUUCUGAGAACUGCUCCAGUGUUUUGAAUUCGUGUCGCUGAGGUGAGCCACCAGUGAGGGGAGCCUCGGAUUGUGGUGGUAAUGUUGGCGGCGGAAAACCCAUCCGUGGACGGGCAUCUGGUAGCAUCUAGCGUUACUCCACGUACAAGAGGCAUGGAUUGUAAACCCAGUAAGCAUGCCAGCAAGAAACUUGUUCAAGCUCGUCUCCCAUUUAAGCGCCUGAACCCUGAACCUAAAGAGAAUCAACAACCAAAACGUCCCCGUGCGCCUCCCUGCCUUGAACCUGGGCUUUCAGAUGGGGAGAAUGAGGCGGAGUCCCCCCAGCUCCCUGUGCGUAAUGGACCAGCCUUGGUUAACGGGCGUGGACCCCUUGAUGGCUUCCUUAGUCGCAGCCGCUCUGCCCGUACAAAUGAGAAAGGUAUAGAUCUCACAGAAGAUUCAAGAUCCCCCAGGAAGCAUCUUGAGAUGGAGCAAGCAGACGAGGAACGUUCUGCAUCUGUCUCACAACUGGACACACAAGAUUCUCAAAGUGAGGCAGAGGAGGCAGGACGAGUCUGCAAGGCAGAUGUUUCCAGUCUAGGGGACAAGUCCAUGCUGUCACCCUCAUCAGUCAGCUCCGUGUCUGUUGCAGAGAGCUCACCAGAGCAGACCGAGAGCGCUGCUACACCUACAGAGCCAAAGACCACUCCCAAGAUACCAGCAGAUGAGAAAAAGGUCAAAACGAAGCUCAUGAAGAGUUUGCAAGAACAAGGGAGGCUUCGCCUGCGUCAGGAGAAGGAGCGUCAGAAAGGAAGAGGCUAAAGCUGCAAAGAGAAAAAGAAAGAAGAGUGCGCGGCAAAACUAAAGGAGGAGCGUGAAAGGGAAAAGCGGGAGAAAAAGGAAAAAGAUGAGCGAGAGAAACCGGGAGAAAAAAGAAAGGAGGAGAGAAAGGCAGAGCGGUUAAAAGCAAAAGAGGAGCAACGGAAAUCAAAGCAAGAGUGAGGCAAACUUGAAGAAAAACGGAAGAAAGAAGAGGAGAAGCGAUUGAAAGAGGAGGAGAAACGGUUGAAAGAAGAGAAAGAUCGUCUCAAAGCUGAGAAGGCAGAAAUUACAAGGUUUCUACAAAAACCCAAGACCCAACAGGCCUCCAAGACUCUUGCAGCCGCCUGUGGCAAGUUUGCUCCAUUUGAGAUCAAGGACAACAUGUGUCUCGCACCACUGUGCCGGGUCCAGUGUGAGGACUCUGUUCUGGAGGAACUGGACCAGUACUUGUUGAAACCUGAUGAUAGCCUUGAUGGACUUAAGGACUGGAUUAUGAAAAAACCCCGACGAUCAGGGCGCACUAAACCCAGACAGACAGGUCCACUCAGGGAGUGUGUGGUGGUGGCAGAAGGGCCUAAACCAGAUGGUGUGCCAGACCGUAAACGUUAUGGACUGAAGCUGCUGCAGUUCCAUGAGAACUACCGUCCAGCCUACUGGGGCACGUGGAGUAAGAAGAGCUCACUCUCACCCCGCUGCCCCCUCAGACAACCACAGGAUCUGUUGGACUAUGAGGUGGACAGUGAUGAGGAAUGGGAGGAAGAGGAACCCGGAGAGUCGCUGUCACACAGUGAAGGGGAGGAUGAGGAGGAGGGAGGGGACAACGAAGAUGAUGACGACGACGGCUUCUUUGUUCCUCAUGGUUACCUCUCAGACGGGGAGGCGUUGGAGGAAGAGGAGGGCGGUGACCUGGAGAAGCAGAAAAUACGCCAGAAACUGAAAGCAAGGGAGUGGGAUGAGAUGAUGCUGUUGAAGAAGAAGGUGAAGGUGCUGGAGGUGGUGGUGAGGGGCUGUGUCUGGGAGGGAGACGGCCCUGCCUUGGAGCUCCUCCAGCCUUAUGCCAUGUGUCGGAUAGAGCCUUUACCCAAAACAGACACCAGCCCCAGUCCUGAGGAAUCAUCACGGAAACGCCAGGAAGAUGAACAAUUGCUCGGUCAGCUGCUGCCUCUGCUGCACGGCAACGUCAACAGCAGCAAGGUCAUCAUCACAGAGUUCCAGGAGUUCUGUCGGCAGCAAACAUCCUCCUCCUCAUCACCUCCCAGUCUGGCCAGUCCUCUGUGCUCAGCAGACAACAUUCCUACCAGAAUACAAUUGAAGCGGCUCAUCAAGAACAACGCUGUCUAUGAGAAGCGCUCAACACACAGGCGCUGCUGCUGGUACGCGCACACAAACGUCCUAUCUCGUUUUGGCCAGGAGGCCCUCCCAGUGCCCUGCCAGUGGACCUACCUCACCACAGGAGCUCGAGAAGAGUCCCGUGAAGAGCCUCAAGCAGCUACAGGCUCACAGGGAAACUCUCCCAGCACACCCCAAACCUCCUCCUCCACUACACCUUCAUCCUCCAACAAGAGGAAGAGCACAGGCAGCAUGUCCAUCACCAGAUUCAUGAAGAAGUGUACUGACCCGGAGCAGACAGAAGCAAUGGAGACGGAUGGUUUCCAAGCAGACACUGAGGAUGACGAUGAGGAGGAUUGCGCCAUCGUCUCUACACAGAAUGGCUCAACCAGAGAAAACUCCUCGAGCAACCCCAUCACCAGUGCGGGAGACAGCCAGAUGGAAGUCACACCAACAGAUGCAGCUGCCUGCAGCUUGCCUAGUGCUGCUUCUACAUUUGCCACUGCCUAAGAAAAGGACAAGCCUUCCUUUGUCCUUUCUGGGACCCUGCACCUUCCCUCACCACUGCCCAAAGGCUCCUCUCUCCCUCUUACAUUUUGUUUCUUGGGUCUGAACUCCAUUAUGUCAAAGACAGAAUCAGGUCUUCAAGCAAGAUGAAGCACUGCACUCUAGUAGAACUGGCUCACAGCAAGCCACAAAGCAUCUUAUACAGUAUACAGUGUUACACCUUACUCCCCUCACCUCACUCUUCAAGUGUCUGAAGACAUCUUGCUUGUAAAAUGUAGUUCUGAGAUAAAUCAGUGUCUGGUUCUCUUAGGGACAUAUUUGAUUAUAUUUCAUUACUAUGUUGACUUUUACAUUGGAGUUUCAGUCAGGCUUGUUUGAUAUGGGUGUUUGUGGAGGUGGAAGGUAGCAGUCUCUUUGGCACUGCCUUUGUCUACAGCAGAUUGGGUUAAACAGAAGGAGAAAGAGCAGAACAGAUAUGCCCAAUGGAUGUGAGAACGAGCAGAUUGUGAAGAAUUGGCAUUGUUGAAGUGUUGAAUAUUCAUAUCGUUAUUGAAUUUUAAAGUAUUGUGUCACGGUCUAAAUGUAUAUAGUAUACUGGUAAUUUGGAAAUGAGAGGCUCAAAGUCCAUCCAUGUUUCUCUUUGCCUUCAAUGGGUGCAUUUAUUCUGCAAUUUCUAAAUCUGAGUUCAAUGGUGUACUUGCUGUUAGAUCUGUACUUGUACAGUUAGGCCCAGUGUCAUUUUUAUAAAUAUGUAUUUGUUUUUUGUUUUUCAAGAAUACUUGAACAGGAUAAAUUCAUUAAACAGAGUAUGAUUGUACUGCACUUUUAUAUUCCUUUCAUUUCCCCUUCUAUCUGGGUGCCUUUGUCAACAUGCAACCACCCUCACUAACAGUUGCUAAUACUUAUCAAGACCUGAACUGUUUUGGUAAAAGGGUUUGAUGUUUAAGAAUACAGCAGAUGCUGUAGUCUUUCAGGCUGCUUGACAGUGCUUGUAUUACUACUCUAGGCCUCUAUUUUGUAUAUUAUUUCCUGAUGGUUGGAGCUGGAGUAGUAAGAUGGCCGUCCAUUAUGAAAACAUUGCUGUUCAUGUGUUAUUUCAAGUGGCAGGCAUUAUGAAUGCCCUGAGCCCUCAGCUGUUUUCAUUUGCAGGUAUUAUAAAAGUUUUGAUUUGUCUCAAUAAAGCAUUAUUGUAAGAGCUAUGCCUUUAUGAACAAUGCAAGAGUAAAAGUCUUUGUGGGGGAAAAAAAAAAAAACAUGGUUCUCACAUUUUAAAGUUGAAAGAUGCCC